AUGCUUCUGAGGCGAGAGAGAAAAGCUGCCAAAACCGAUUACCCAGAUGUCCGAUUCGUACCUAUUACCAUUCACCUUAUUAGAGAAGAAGACUAUUAUGGUUCUCAUGACCCAGCCAACAGUUUCAUUUUAGCUCAUUUUCCUUCCCCACCAACAGACAAGAAACAAAGGCUCGGGUGGAGAAAUUCUGAUUUGCAAAUGCACAAAGAUAUCACACAUACUGGUUCGCUUACAAACUAA